AUGGAAUUUAGCGCAAAUUUUCUGGAAGGUUGGGAGCGUGGCGGUGCUUCUUUUGUUGUGUAUCAUAAUGGUAAGAAAGUCGUUGAUUUAUGGGGAGGAUAUGCUGAUGCCGAAAGUGAAAGACCAUGGAAGAAAGAUACCCUUAAUGUUGCAUUCUCAUGCACGAAGGCAUUCGCUGCUCUUUGCGUUGCCAAGCUUGUGGACGGAGGACACCUGAAGUACGAUGAUUUAGUGAUCAAGUUUUGGCCAGAGUUUGGAAAACAUGGUAAAGAAAAUAUCACCAUCCGCUGGUUGCUGGGUCAUAGAGUGAGUGCCAGAGAGUUAGUUUUGAGAUUUCCGGCUGGUCUCGCGUAUACUGACAAGAAAAUCCAUUUUUCUAUUGCCAAUGACUGGAAAGCGAUUGCAAGAGUUUUUGAAGAACAG